AUGGCCCAGAACCAAUCCCGGUCGACCCACAACAAAAUUUGGGCACUCCAUGAGAAAAUACAGGAUAGCACAAGAAACCCAAAUCUUAUUAAACAAAAGCAAAGGUAUUAUAAGUGUCAUUUGAAAUUUUCUGAUGUGAGGAGGAGACUGACUGAGGCUAAGAUGAGCAUGCAGAAAGGGAACUCAACAUCUGUCAGAUUCUACGUCUCGAUGGCCGUGAAUCAGGCUGGUUCUUGCGAGGCAGAAUUUGGGAACCCGCCUCGCCCUCCAUCAGCUGUUGCUACGGAUUUUGGGAGGUUGGGAGAUGUUUGUAGUUUCAUCUUGGCCGUAUGUGAUAAAGUAGAACACAAUUAUAGGAAUAUGGUCUGA